UAUCUCCAGGGAUAUGACGCCAUGUCAACCGACGUUUCGGAGGAAUAUGCCUCAAGCAGAGUUUCCUUGCUGCCUGUUUCAUGCUAAUUUCUUGCUUCGCUUAGUCUUUAAACCUGAAAAUUGAGGCGACAUGGGGUUAUGUCCCAGUAGACAGAUCCCUUCAUAUCCAUCGACUUAAGGCCCUCAAGUCCUACAUGUCCACAGAUGUAGAAUUAGGGGUUCACACAGCGAUGAAAGAACAUACAGCGGAAUCGUCUGUCUGAACCGUCUGAACGCUCUGGACGCUUGCGAAUAUGGAAGGUGUAUUGUUUUAAGCGUGGUUAUGAACAAAAUGAUCCGAUGCAGUAAUGGAAAAUUAAAUUUUAAUAAAAUGUGUCGCCUUUGCAUGAGCCGUGAUGGUGCAAUGUCGCCUAUAUUCACAGAUGACACAGGUGGAAUAAUACCUGAGAGAAUACUGUAUUGCCUGUCACUGAAGGUGUUAACUGAUGAUGGUUUGCCAGUGCUUAUAUGUGCACAGUGCAUAUAUCAGCUGAACUGUUCAUACAAAUUUAAAACACAGUGUGAAAAUUCUGAUGCUACUCUCCGAAAGUACCUAAAUAACAUAGAGUUAAAAACUGAGAUAAAAACAGAAUUUCAAGAUGAGGCUUCCAGGUGUGACAGCAUGAUCAACUGCAAUGACUUUGAUGAAAAGGAUGAUGACUGUGUUACUGCCUUCAGUUUUUCUACUUCCAAGCAAGCAUUUGUCACUGACAGCACAAACCAGCAAGCAAAUGUGAAGUUGGAAAAUGUAGAUAAUCAGCCUUAUGCUUAUGAUACUGCCUGGGAUUGCAGCGAAUCGGCUGCUGUAGUUUCAGUUGGUUUAAAUCAGUAUGGGACAUGUAAUGAAGGAGAACGAAGGGUUGGAGUAAGUGUAACUGGUGACAGCAUGCAAAUCCCUAGUACAAAAAAUGCACCUAUUGAAGAAGAAAGAAAUGGGAAUUGGGGUACAGCAAUAUCUGUUUUUAAAGAUAUAGUAACAUCAUACAAGGAACCACAAGUAAAAGUCAAGAUGAAAGAAUACAAGAGAACACUGAAGAAUAGUUUCAGUAGCAAGAAUAUUUAUGCCAACAAACUGUGCAACAUGUUAGUGGCUUCUGAAAUGAAUCAGCAUCCUAAAAAGCAGUAUACAUGUCAGUUAUGCUUCCAGUCAUAUGCUGGCCGUUCUGGUUUAUGGCAACACCUCCAGAAGCACAGUGGACGGCAGUAUGUAUGCAAAGUGUGCAAAAAACAUUUUACAAGAGGAAAUAUUCUCAAACAGCAUGAGAGAACGCAUUCUGAAAAUUCUUCUGACAUUAAAUGUUCAAUGUGUAAAAAGACAUUCCUGAAUAUUAUGCAGCUCAAAAGGCAUGAAAUUGGCCAUAUCAUUGACUGGAAUAAUGGUAACAUGUAGACAUAGUAUUAAGUAUUAUUAAAUGAUGAAAAUUGGCUUCCAGAACUAUGGAGCCAUGGGCACAUUCCAUUAUGAAUAUUUGACAGCAGUUAAUCACCUGCACAGGUUGUACACUCGACCAGCAGAAUCAUUUGGGGUAAUGAAGUAGGGUAGGACAUAGAAGCAUGCGGCCAUGUCUUAUUUGAAUAUACUAUCUGAGCAUUUGCUUGGGGGGACUGAGAAGAAUCAUGAAAUUUCAGCCAGGAUAGCUGAUGAAUCCAUGGCUCUCUGCACAAGUGCAUAUGAAGGACUAAUGACCAUUACUUUGUAGCAUUUAGUAGUUAUAUUGUGACGUGUAUACUCAUUGCUAGAUGACAACCCACUGAACAAAUUACCACAGAUGUGCAGAACAGUAGGCGAGUCUAGUAGCGUUCUGAGAUGCCAGCCUGCCAGGAUAUGAGCGUGGGGGCAGAGGAAUUGGAGUUGAGUCUUUGGAAUUGGCAGUCACCAUAUAAGGUCAAGAAAGGGAAUUAGGCAGGACAAAGAAGACUUCAUAUGAUAUUUGAAGACAUAGUGAGACUGUUAUAAAUCCAUUGCCAGGUUAUGGUUAGUGAAGACUAACCCUAGUGCAUGUUCAGUGGUUAACUGUUAAAAAUGUGUGAAAAUAGCAAUAGUGCUGUAAUUUCCUGUAGUCCAGAGUUGGAUGAAUGUACAAGGUGCAAUAAAUCCAAUCAUCCAAUGCAAAACUACGUCUAUAGUCACACCUACACAUGGUAGUAUUAAGAAGUAUAUGCUGUAAGUCCACCCAUGUGUGCUGUUUUUUUCAUAGCAUUAUCCUGUAAACUUGCAUUAAUAUCUCUAUGAUUUUGCUUCCACUCUCCAAGUUUAACAAGAAAUUUAAUGUUCUUCCCAACAUUCUUGUGACAGCACACCAAAACACAUACAAUAAUAGAU